GAAAACAUCCGACAAGGUAGACCGAUAAAUUAAGAUAACAUUGUUUGUAUAUAUGUAAUCUUAAAGAUAUAGUUAUAUCGGCCUAGUCACAUGAAAUUCAUACGAUCAGGUCGUUUAUAAUUAUAACACUUUUAUGUUAUAUCAGUCAAUUAUUUGUAGAAUAAUGAUGAGGACGGCUGUACUGGUGUUGUUGGCUGUAAACUGGUGCAUACCCCGGGGGUCGGGCACACCCCUAGACGACUACGUGAAUAGACCCGACCCUACCUACAAUUAUGAGAUUAUUGACACCUAUACUGGUUCCGGGUAUACGUUAUAUACGAUCAACAUGACUUCACAAACAUGGAAACCAGAUUUACAAAGUCAGCCUGUCUGGUGGCACUAUUUGUCCGUCACUGUACCUGACAAACUAGAUCUACAGAACGCCGGUUUCCUCUUCAUUGACGGCGGAUCAAACACAAAUAGCCCACCGAAGCCGACAGACACAUUUGUGGAAUUAACUACCAUCGUGGCUGCAACGACAAACUCAGUUGGUGCGAAUCUCAAAAUGGUGCCAAAUCAACCUAUUGUUUUCAAGGCUGAUCCAAAACAGCAGAGAAGAACGGAAGACGCUAUUAUCGCAUGGACGUGGAAAACGUUCGUAGAUCAAAAAGGUGCCGAUCCAGAAAUAUUGUUACGUAUGCCAAUGACAAAGGCUGGUGUGCGUGCAUUGGACACAAUGAAUGAUUUAACAAUGAAGAAGAAAGGCGUCGGUGUAGACAGAUUUCUUGUUGCGGGAGCUUCUAAGCGAGGCUGGACUACUUGGACGGUUGGUGCUGUAGACAAGAGAGUUAUUGCCAUAGCACCCAUUGUCAUGGAUCUGCUUAACAUGCAAACUAACUUACAUCAUUAUUAUAGAGCAUUAGGUGGCUGGACGUUCGCCUUCGAUGAUUACUAUAACUUGAACUUUACACAAGAUCUGGAUAGCCCCUAUAUCAAACAAAUGGCAUCUAUAAUUGACCCUCUCUCAUACAAUGACAGAUAUGAAAAUAAACCAAAACUUAUCACAAGUACAGGAGGCGAUGAGUUCUUCAUGGUUGAUGAUUCUAAAUAUUAUUUUGAUACCCUCAAAGGACCAAAAUACCUCCGGAUGAUACCAAACGCUGAACACAGUCUCGCGGGCCACGAGAUCGGUUUGUUGUUUGGCAUACGAGCGUUUUACUUGUCAGUCAUGAGGAACAAACCUCUACCUCAAAUUAGCUGGAAACUAAACACUACGUCAACUGGCGGGAAAAUAACGUUGAUGUCAGACACUAUACCACAGACAGUUCACUGUUAUCAUGCGACAACAUUAGACGCAAAAAGAAAAGAUUUUCGUCUGCUCAGAGGGACACCAGGCGAUCCAAGUAAACCCCAGGUACAUCCGGUCUUAUGGAAACAACAGUAUGUUCCACAAACGAGCUCUACAACAUGGGAAAUGGAAUUAAAUAAUCCAGUUGAGGGAUGGACGGCCUUCUUUAUCCAGGUGACGUUUGCUGGUGUAGAGGAUUCUGUAUUAGAGUUUACCACCCAGACGUUGAUAAUUCCCGACACAGACCCGUUCCCUGAUUGCCUCGGACAGCAAUGCAAGGGCACUCUUGUGUAGACAGUCUUAUGUUGUAAAUUACGACAAUGUGAAUAGAAUAGUGUGAUAACCUAAUUAACUAAAGAUAUAUUGAUGUUCACUUUGGAUUGUGACUUAGUGAAUGCAUUAUUGUGUCUUCUUUGAAUUCUCAGGAAUACUGUAAUGAAUUAGUUUAACCUGUCAGCUAUUUAUAAAAAAAACCCACCCACUGUUAGUUUAAUUUAAAUUUGAUCGCUAUUUAAAGAAUAACAUGAGUUAUUUUAAAAUCAUAGAUUGGUAUACAUGUAUAUUGGUAUUGGUAGUAGUGCAAAUUGUUUGAUUGAAUAUAUAAAGACAGGAAUGAACACACAAUUUUACCAAAACAGUCCGAGUGACUCUAGUCCUUUCUCGGUGCUCGAUUUUAAUUUUAAGCUACUGUCAUAUGUAUGGUAAACAAUGUCCUUAAUGUCCUUAUUUUUUUGAAUGUCAGUAAUAUUUAAGUGCAAUAUUAUGUUUAUUCUAUAUACAUGUAUAUAAUCCUUUGUAUGUUUAUGUCAUUUCACUUCUGCCAAAUAUAAAACAUACAAAAGUGCAGAA